UCGAGCUCAGUGCGAAUUGCGUUCUCGAAGCGAGCGGUGGCGGUUGUUGACCCGUACUGUUCUAGCUGUGCCCAAUUUUUUUACGCCUGACGUACCCGUCGCAAUAGGCUCUGACUGAAGUUCCAGCACUCGAUUGUUCUGGGCAGCAGUUUUCCAGUGCGGGUGGGGUGCUUGGAUCCAGAAGUAGCAGUAGCGUCGCAAGGAUGGCCGGACAGCAGAACGAUAUUUCGCACGCCAAGCGCGCCGCCUUUCAGGUUUUAGCCGGCGGCUCGGCCGGAUUCCUGGAGGUCUGCAUCAUGCAACCACUCGAUGUAGUCAAGACCCGCAUCCAGAUCCAGGCCACUCCGGCGCCGAAUGCCGCGGCUCUUGGUGAGCUGCACUACAAUGGCGUCUUCGAUUGCUUCGCCAAGAUGUACCGCCACGAGGGCAUCUCCUCCUACUGGAAGGGCAUUAUGCCGCCAAUCCUGGCCGAGACGCCCAAGCGGGCCAUCAAGUUCCUGGUGUUUGAGCAGACGAAGCCGCUCUUUCAAUUCGGCUCGCCCACUCCCACGCCGCUAACCUUUUCUCUGGCUGGACUGACAGCCGGCACACUGGAGGCCAUCGCCGUGAAUCCCUUCGAGGUGGUCAAGGUGGCGCAGCAGGCUGAUCGCCAGAAAAAGAUGCUCAGCACAUUCGCCGUAGCCAAGGGUAUCAUACAGCGGGACGGAUUGGGCUUCAGCGGCCUUAACAAGGGCAUCACCGCCACCAUGGGACGCAAUGGAGUCUUCAACAUGGUGUACUUCGGGUUCUACCAUAGCGUGAAGAACGUGGUGCCCGAGUACAAGGAGAGCCAUUUGGAGUUUCUGCGCAAGGUGGCCAUCGGCUUCCUGGCCGGCACUCUGGCCUGCUUCGUCAACAUCCCCUUCGACGUGGCCAAGUCACGCAUCCAGGGACCGCAACCAGUCCCCGGACAGAUAAAAUACCGAGGAACCUUCAGCUCUAUGGGCAUCGUCUACCGCGAGGAAGGAUUCCGGGCGCUGUACAAAGGACUCGUCCCCAAGAUUAUGCGUUUGGGCCCAGGUGGAGCUAUUCUUCUGCUGGUCUUCGAGUACUCCUACGAUUACCUGCUGCACAACUACUCCUAGUCCUUAAAUCCUCAAGUGGCAAGCGCCUAAUUUGUUUUUUUUUAUAAUAUACUAUUUAGUUAGUCGAUUAGUCGCAAUCAAAGCAAUGUAAAUGUAAAAACUUUUAAUGUAAUUUUUACUUUGUGUUAAAAAUAAAUAAUCAAUGAUA